AUGGGAAGAAAUCUCCUCACGGUGCUCGCCACACUCCAAGAUCAAGGGCCUGCAGCUGGAGGAUAUAAAUCCACGAGCUCCGGCAGUAUGAGCGACACCGUCUACGGUUUCAUCCAAUGCCGCGGCGACAUCUCUGCCCAGGAAUGCUCCUCGUGCGCGCGAUUGGCCGUCCAGAUCCUCAAUUCCACCGUGAGAAACUCCACCAAAGGAGGAAGGAUCCACCCCGGCAAUUGUUUCCUGCGCUACGAGGACCACUUCUUCUCCUCCAUUCUCGACAAGGACACCAACCAAGGCAAUUGCUCAACAUCGAUCCCUUCCUCUUCCUUGGCCAUUUUCCAAUCCAAUUCUAGGACCGCACUAGAGUUUCUUAAAGCUAAGGUUCCUCGAAAGGCAAGGAAAUUCGUGGCGGCAGUGGCGGGGAUUGGAUCGGCGGUGCCUGCGUACGCUCUCGGUCAGUGCAUUCCGGAUUUAAGCGCUGCCGAUUGUGCCUCUUGCCUCGCCGCCGCGGAGAAUGCGAUUGCCAGCACUUGCCGCGGCGGCGGCGGAGGGGUUUGCUACUAUUCUAGCUGCACGCUCUUCUUCCAGAGAUCGAAAUUCUUCCAGGGCAUUCCCGAAAAUGCCACUGUCCUAGGAAAUGGGACUCUCCCAUCCAAUUCCAAAGUUAUGGAUCAUGUUAUGUUAUCUUUUGGAACUUUUAGUGAUGGGACCGAGAUUGCUAUCAAAAAGCUCUCGGUGGCCUCCAAGCAAGGGGAGCAGCAGUUUCUCAACGAAGUUAAAGUUAUUGGCAGCGUACAGCACCGGAAUCUCGUCAGGCUCUUAGGGUGCUGUGUCGAAGGCAGUGAAAGGCUCCUGGUUUACGAGUUUCUCAAGAACAACAGCCUUGAAAAGGCUUUGCUUGAUGAUUUGAUCAGUGCGGAAGAAACUCCUCGAUUGGGAUGGAAUACCCGGUACAAUAUACUGCUUGGAACAGCUCGGGGCCUCACGUACCUUCACGAGGAUUCACAAAUUCGCAUCGUUCAUCGGGACAUAAAGCCCAGCAACAUUCUUCUGGACGAAACAUUCGAAGCCAAGAUAUCAGACUUUGGGCUGGCAAGGCUGUAUGGAGAGGACGAAGCGACUGAGAUCAUCACCACAAAAGUCGCAGGAACCUAUGGAUACAUGGCUCCAGAGUAUGCCUUUCACGGGCACUUGAGCGAAAAGGCCGAUGUUUUCAGCUUUGGAGUCGUCUAGCAGGGAGAAAGAACAAGGACGCGAGUCUACCGGAACCGGAGCAAUAUCUUCUG